UCCCUGAUGUCUAGUGCACUUGAGAGCUUUUCGAAAUUCCCACCAUGUGGGUUUAUGGGAAAUGAGGGCGCUGACUGUCAAUGAGAUUGGCGAAUUCUGACAGCAUUGGAGGUUGUCUCUUUCGCCUCUGUUGAGCUUCUGGAAAUUCCCACCAUGGGUGUUUAUGGGAAAUGAGGGCGCUGCAUGUAAGUGAAGAGGAAAACAUUUUGACAGCAUUUGUGGGAAGAGCCUGAAGAGAGGAUAGUUUGGCCUCGUCGUACACACGAAUUUCACCACAGCCGCAAUUUUACUCCUUGUUUGUGUAUCCUCCUCUUCCUGUUUGUAGUACUUACCACCACCACCAGCUGCCUCCUGGGGAUUGUUGUGCUGGAGCAGCUGAUGCAGUUAGAUGGGCAAUCUCACAAAGAGCCAUGAGCAGGAUGGAAGUUAGUGAGACACAUCCACGGGUCAUCAUUCACAUUGACAUUGACUGCUUCUACGCUCAAGUGGAGGAACUUCGGAAUCCACAACUGCGAGACAAGCCACUCGGUGUGCAGCAGAAGAAUAUUGUUGUGACGUGCAAUUAUCCAGCGCGAGAGCGUGGUGUGGACAAGCUGAUGCCAGUGGCGGAAGCACGAAGACGCUGCCCGGAACUCCAGCUGGUUCGUGGUGAGGAUCUGACGCCGUACAGACAGAUGAGUUCGCGCGUCUUUGAUGUGUUGCAGCGCUUCACGCCUGCUGUGGAGAAGUUGGGAUUCGAUGAGAACUACAUGGAUGUGACGCGUGAGAUUGAGGAACGCCUGCAAGGCGUCACAAUGUCGGAUGAUCCGGAAGUUGUGGGCUGUGUUUGUCCCGAAGGUGAAAUGUUGCCUCCAUGCCCAUGUGGCUGUGAUAGACGCCUAGCGGCAGGUACUGCCCUGGCACAGGAAGUUCGGGAGGCAUUGCACACAGAACUAGGGCUCACCACUUGUGCCGGAAUCGCGCACAAUAAGCUUCUGGCCAAGUUGGUGGGUGGUGUGAAUAAGCCGAAUAAUCAGACAGUAUUGGUACCCCACUGUGCUGCUACAUUCCUCGCGGAUCUCGAGAAAGUGCGCCGUGUGACGGGGGUGGGGCAGAAAACAGAAGCCCUCCUGGCGGAAAUUGGCAUUCGCACCGUGAGAGAUCUCCAGGAUGUAGACAUAGAGCGAUUGCAGCGAAAAUUUGGGCAUGAGACAGCGACAAAACUGAAGGAUCUCAGUUUGGGGCGAGACAACAUGCCCGUGCGGGCAACUGGACGCCCCAAGAGCAUCGGCCUGGAGGAUUCAUGCCGCGCAAUCUCAGUGAAGCAGGAUGUCGAGGAGAAGUUCAGUGUUCUACUGGUACGGCUGGUGAAUCAGGUGGUGGACGACGGGCGUAUCCCCAUUGCCAUCAAGAUGACACUGCGUAAAUUCGAUCCGGCCAAGAAGACCAGCCACAGGGAGACAAAACAAGCCAAUAUAUUGCCCUCGCUCUUCAAACUCCGUCCCGAGGGGAAGUUGAAUCUCACCGAGGGUGGGCAUGAGAAGCUCCUGCGGAUUGUAAUGCGCCUCUUUGAGCGUCUCAUCGAUCUCAGGCAACCCUUCAACAUCACCCUCCUCGGAUUGGCCUUCUCAAAGUUCCAGGAACGUCGCUUUGGCCCGUGCUCCAUUGCGAAUUUCCUCAUUAAGAAGUCCGACGUGGAGGUGCAAUCCGUGACGAGUCUCACGAGUGACGGUGUCACCAUUUCCCCACCUGGACGUGAAACAUUCCCGCGUUUUGUGAGUGCAUCGCCCGUGGCGAUGGAAAAUGACGCCUUUUCGGACACUUCAGUGGCAUCGGAUGUGUCGUCAGAGCCUGAGCUGGAGCCAUCGCCGAAGAAGACGCGAAUUGGGCUACUCAUCCCCAAAAGGCCCUGCUAUCCGCGGCAUGAUCCCAUGGAUACGUCGUCGCCCAGCAAACUGAGAGUCGCCGACUUGAGAUUGAAUUCCCUCGACUCACCACCACCACCGCCGAGCUCUCUUGCAGAACCAACUCCUGCCACGCCUGAUGCUCAAUCCCUGCCCAAUUGCGUUGAUCCUGAGGUUUUCAAGGCUUUGCCGCCUGAUGUUCAGGGAGAACUUAUUGCAACGUGGACAAACCCAGCGACAGCUCCUGCAGCAGCCUCAUCAACCAAAAGCACCUGCAACACCCUCCACAGAUACUUCAUUACCAACAAAUAAAGAAAAAAAACAUCCACCCGUCCCAGAAAAAAUCGUGCAGAGAGAGAAGUCUACGCACUCUCCUUGGGCAGACAAAUGGCCCAGCCGAGGACACGUCGGUCAAAGCCGCAGGAGAAGAGAUUGCAACUCGUAUUUGGUUCCUCAGGCGCCCAGCAAACGGAUGACACCAUCCGCCGGUGACCCUGGAAAGAUACACAAGAAAAGAGCGCCCCCACAUUUAACAAAAGGCAUUCCGCAGAGCGAAGAAGCGCACAAAGGCGCGUCAAACGCAUGCAAAAUCAAAUGGAUUCAGCACGUAAAUGCAUUUUUUUUUAAUAAAAACAUUUCUUUCAUUCUUUUUUUUUUUUAAUCACAAAGGCAGCUUUUUUAAUAAUAAUUAUUUUUAUGAGAACUUUUCAAUAAUCAUUUUUUUUUCACGUAGUUUUUCACAGAAUUUCUUUUUUUUUAAAUAAAUAACUGUAAAGUAUAGAUGUGAAAGAGAAAGAAAGUAAAAAUUAACUAAUAUAAAAAAUGUGAAAAGAACAAAAUAAAAGGUAUUGGUUUACACAAA